UAACUGGCAAGUGGCAGAUGCCAAGCGGCAAGUGGCAACCAUGAAAUGAAGAAUUCUGUUAGGAUUAUUUGCCUUGAAAUUAUCUGGAUACCAGGAACCAACUAGCAGAUGGCGUCGUAUAACCUAACCAUGUCAAUUUGAUGUUUCGCCUUACACGUGCUUGUAUGGUAAGAGAAUUUGCCGUUUAAAUCCAUGUCCUUUAUAAUACAUUUUCAAGAGUGAAAUAGCAAAGAAAAAAAUCAACAAUGGGAAAAAAGUCUAAAAUUGGAAAGCAGCGGCGGGAUAGGUAUUAUUAUUUAGCUAAGGAGACGGGUUACAGAUCGAGAGCUGCUUUUAAGUUAAUUCAGUUAGAGCGAAAAUUUCGAUUUCUUCAAACAUCAAGAGUAUGCAUAGACUUGUGUGCAGCUCCUGGAGGAUGGAUGCAAGUGGCGCACGAAAACAUGCCAGUAUCCUCUAUAAUAAUUGGCGUUGAUUUGUUCCCAAUCAAGCCAAUUCCAGGAUGUCUAAGUAUUAUUGGUGACAUUACAACGGACAAGUGUUGUACUGAUCUAAGUCGUGAGUUAAAAACAUGGAAAGCGGAUUUAGUUCUUAAUGAUGGUUCGCCUAAUGUUGGUAAAAAUUGGUUGAUCGAUGCGUAUCAACAGUCAGUUUUGACCCUUUCGGCUUUAAAAUUAGCAACUAAAUUCUUGAGACGAGGAGGUUGCUUCAUAACCAAAGUCUUCAGGUCAAAAGAUUACAACCCUUUACUUUGGGUUUUCAAGCAGUUAUUCAAAAAGGUACAUGCGACUAAGCCUCAGGCGUCGCGUAAUGAAUCUGCUGAAAUUUUUGUAGUUUGUCAGCAUUAUUUUGCGCCCGAUAAACUCGAUUCAAAACUUUUAGAUCCAAAACAUGUAUUUGCAGAAGUUGAUUUGGAACCACAAAAUAAAUUAAAUAUAUUUAAUCCUGAAAAACAAAAAAAGGCUAAGCCACUGGGUUAUCCGGAAAAUGACUACACAUUAUAUCACAAGCUGUCUGUUAAGGAUUUCAUCGCCAAUGUAAGUGGUAUAGACGCUUUGCAAAAUAUAUCAGAAAUUGUUAUAGAUGAUGAAAAUAUACUGAAUCAUAAGAAAACUACCAAUGAGGUUAUCGAAUGUUGUAAAGACAUUAAAGUAUUGGGCAGAAGAGAGUUACGUUUACUUUUACAAUGGUGGAAAGUUUUAAAAGAUGAAUUUCAUAAAGAGGAAACUGAUAACAAAGAAAAGCAUGAUUUGGAAGAGGAAAAUGUAGAGGAAAAACCAAAGACAUUAGAAGAAGAGGAAGACAUGGAAGAUGAACAAAUUAUUAAAGAUAUUCAAAAAUUGAAAGAAGAAAAAGCAAAGGAGUUGAAAAGAAAAAGAAAAAAAAUUAACAAAGAAAAAAAUAAAUUAGCUAAAAAGAUUAAUUUGAAAAUGGUUAUUAAAGGUGAUCAAGGACCAAUUAUGGAAUGUGACGAUAUGUUUAGUCUAAAGCAAAUUGAAACGAUCGAUCAUUUAAAAAAAAUUGAAAAUCAAUGCCCAGAUCUGCUUGCUGAAAGUGACAAUGAUUCCGAUGAUGUUCAAACUCCGAAAAUAGUAAAAUAUGAAAAAGGCACCGGUCAUUUAGAUAGUAAAGGUUUAUAUUAUAAAGAUGAUGAGAGUGAAUUAGAAUUUUCUGAAGAUGAUAGUUCAAGUUACAAGUCAGGAUUAGACUUGAGUGAAUCUGAAGAGGAAGAAAAAAUUAUUGCACCCAUUCCGAAGAAGGUGAAGUUUGUAGAAAACGAAAAUCCUUUAUUAACAGAUUUAGAUUAUCGAGAUAAAGAAUCAAAAAAAUUGACCAAGGCAAAAUUGUGGUUCGAUAGAGAUGUAUUUAAAAAUUUAGAAAAUGAAAGGCAUGAUGAUAUCGAAAUAGACAAAAUGAUCGAAGUUUAUAAGAAAAUGGGUGGUAAAAUUUUGGGACAAAAUGAUAAUGACGAUUCUGAAGAUAAUAAAAUGAAUAAAGAUGACAUUAGCGAUUAUAAAGAUGAUAAUAAUGAUUCUGACUACAACUCAGACUAUAAUACAGAAGAUGUGAUGGCAUCUGUAACAGAGUCUAAUAAUAAGACGAAAAAAAACAAAGUUAAUGUUAUAUUAAAAGAUAAACCGAAGAAGAAGAAAGAAAAAAGAAAAUUAACGACCGAAGGUCUUGCCUUGGGAUCAUUAUUAGUUCAAAGUAAAAAAUCUCGUAGAGAGAUAACGGAUGCAGGUUGGAAUCGAUUUGCAUUCAAUGACGAAAAUUUGCCCGAUUGGUUUGUCGAAGAUGAAUCAAAACAUAUGAAAAAAGAAACACCAGUACCAAAAGAACUUGUAAGUGAUUACAAAAAGCGUUUACAAGAUAUAACAGCAAAACCGAUUAAAAAAGUUAUGGAAGCAAAGGCACGGAAAAAGAAACGAGCAUUGCGUAAAAUAGAAAAAGCAAAGAAGAAAGUUGAGAAUGUAAUGGAUAAUACUGAAAUUAGUGAGAGAGAAAAGGCAAAACAAAUAAAAUCUUUAUAUAGAAAUGCAGUUAAAGAACCGAAAAAGGACGUGACUUAUGUUGUAACAAAGAAAUACAUGGCUCAGAAACGAGUGGUUAGGCCCUCGAAUGUCAAAGGACGAUACAAAGUCGUUGAUCCUAGAAUGAAGAAGGACAUGCGUGCACGAAAAGCAAAGGAGAAGACGAAAGGUCGUGGGAAGAAAACUAAAAGUAGCAAGCCCUCAAAAGGAAAAUCACGAACAGAAAGAAACGGAAAGAGGAAGAAAUAAUUUACCGUUUAUUUAGCAACAUAUUUCUAUAAUUUUAUUGUUUUACAUAAAAUAAGUAUGUAAAUAAUUGAUUCAACGAUAUUUAAUUGAUGACAUUAUUAAUACAGAAUCGUUAUCAGUGAUGGGACCAGUUUCUCAUAACACUAAUUUAUUAAUUGAGUUG